UCUAUCCAAUUGAACUGUAUUCAAUUGAUUCAAUAUGGGUUUGAUGAGUUCUUAAGGUUUCAGACAGAGGAUCUCCCUCUUUCGCUCUCAUCCGAUUAUGGCGUCUUCUGCUGAAAUCUCCGAUCCUACCAAUUCUAACGCUGUAUGCAUUAACGAUGUUCUUAGAGACGACGAGCUACGAGCGAUACUGACGAAGCUUGACACCGACAAGGACAAGGAGCUGUUUAGCCUCGUCUGCAAUCGGUGGCUUCGAGUUCAAAGCUCCGAGCGCCGUCGUAUCUGCGCCCGCGCAGGCCCUCACAUGCUCCGUCGAAUUGCUGUCCGCUUUACCCGUCUCCACGAGCUAGACCUCUCCCAAUCAGUUUCUCGUUCAUUCUAUCCAGGCGUCACCGACUCCGAUCUCGCUGUCAUCGCCUCCGCCUUCACUUCCCUCCGCGUCCUCCUCCUUCAGAACUGUAAAGGUAUAACUGAUUCUGGGAUUGUAGCUGUUGGAUCUGGUCUUUCCUCUCUGCAAACUUUAGAUGUGUCGUAUUGCCGAAAACUAACUGACAUUGGGUUGUUGAACGUUGCUCAGAGUUGCCAUGAUAUGAGGAAUUUGAAUCUUGCUGGAUGCAGACAUAUUACUAAUGCUUUAUUAGAAAAUCUUGCUAAGAACUGUCCUAAUUUAGAAGAGUUAUGUCUAGAAGGGUGCACCAGAAUAACUGAUUUGGGUCUCACACUUCUGGUCGGUGGAUGCCAAAAAAUUAAUUAUUUGAGCAUCAACAAGUGCAGUAGUAUUACCGAUGCUGGGAUAUCGAGUAUAUCGAAAUCGUGUCCAUUUUCUUUGAGGACCCUGAAGAUGUUAGAUUGCUUUAGAAUUGGAGACGAGUCUAUACUAUCGCUGGCCAAAUAUUGUAGAAAUCUGGAAACUCUUGUUAUAGGUGGGUGUAGAGAAAUUUCUGAUGAGUCUAUGAAGUCUUUGGCAGCAGGCUGUGGUCAAAGUCUUAAGAACCUUCGAAUGGACUGGUGUUCAAACAUUUCUGAUGUUUCGUUGAAUUCUAUCCUCGCCCAGUGCAUAAAUCUCGAGAUACUUGAUAUUGGGUGUUGUGAGGAAGUUACAGAUUCUGCUUUUCAGGGAUUACGAUCCAAUGAGCGUCAGUUAUCUUUGAAAUUAUUGAAGGCUAAUAACUGUUUGAAGAUAACUAUGGCAGGAAUAAGCCUACUUCUGGAGCUAUGCUCCUGUCUUAAGUAUCUUGAUGUGAGGUCAUGUCCUUAUGUGACCAAGGCAGGUUGUGAAGAGGCUGGACUGCAGUUUCCUGAGCAUUGUAAGGUGGUUUUUGAUUGCUCAAGUUAUUUAGAUCCCGGUUUAUCUCUUGAUACUAUUUAGUGCCAAUGCAAUUACCCUUCAAUUCUCAAAGAUUCUACCUCCAGAUGCCGCAAAGGUGUUUACUGUCCAUCAGAUCCUCCUUGUACUAUGUGUUAUAUAAUCAACAUCCGGUCCUGAAUCACUUGUCUAGUUUCAUAUAUUAUGUCUAGAAGGUUCAUACCUCAAAAAAUAUAUAUGUAACAUUUUUUCUAGGGUAGGUUUUCUCUUGGUGUGAUGUUCUUUCUUAUAUUAAGCAUAAUUUACUUUGAUGUUAUAAUUUGAUAUCCAAAGCUUGAUUUGGGUAUUUGUACAAUGGAAAGGAUAUGUAUUGUUCAUGCCUUCAGUCAUAACUUGGUU